AUGCCAGACCUCACUGCCGAAAUCAGUGCUCUGUCAAUUGUCGGAAACGGCCUAAACAGCGAGACUAUGAAGAUUUCUUCAGCCUCGAAGCCUUCUAAGAACUAUUUUGCUACCUCCCCAGUCGAGAUUGGUGAAAAAAUUGCGACAUCCUUAGACAAAGGAUCUCUUAUCGCAUUUUCCUCCUGCUCCCGCCUCUGCCGUGCAAUUUCUGUCGCUUUGUUGUGGUCGAAGGUGGUUCUAGAGUUCCCAAUUGUCGAAUCCCGGAAACUCAGAAUUGAGUGCAUCUUAAGGAACGCUCAACAUGUCCGGUCAGUGUAUUUGAAAAGCCUUUUCGACGGAUCUAGAUGGCCAUUGACAAAUUACAACAGCGCUAUCCACAUGGCUUUGGAUAUAAGAUUGCUCCUUAGCCAACCGCAGGUUGCGUUUACCGGGACGACCAUACCUACAUUUUUAGGGAUGUUUCCUGGCCUGAAGGAACUCCGACUAGUCGAACUUACACCACAAUCGUGGGAAGUACGAUGCAAUAUUGUAGCGCACAUCUUGAAUCAUCAACAUUGCCUCGAGAUUCUAGGUUUGUGGCUCUGUGGAGUGACUCGAUGUCCUAUCGAUAUUGUAUAUCGUAUCUUCCAACGGCAUGAGCUCCAUGUUGUUAGAUCGUGCCGCCUCAAAAUCCUAGAAAUUCUCAUCCAUCAGAGUAUCCAUAUACCAAGUGAGCGAGGUGAAUAUCUAUUCAAACCGUUUCUCAACCUCUUCGGUACCCGCCUCGGUUCUCUCGAAGAUUUCUGUUUUAAUAUCGAAGGAGGCCCUGUUACCAAUAUGGUCAUCAGGCGUCAGCAGAUUGAGGGAUUGGGUCCUGAACAAGCUUCCCUAGCAUUGACCCCACUUUCAAUGCCUUCUUUGAGUUUCCUCGACUUCGAUUCUAUCUGUUGCUUCGAGGACUUGUCGCAUUUCAUGACGUUGGAUAGCUUUGAGAACGUCAGAUGUUUGUCAAUAUAUACCUAUAUCUCCACUCCAUGUGAAGACAUUGUCUUCCUAGGUCCAGCACCGGUGGAAGCAAAACACCUUGCAGACACGCUCCAGCAUUUCAAAGCCUUGAGGUUCUUGUUAAUUAAUAUGGGCGAUCCCAUCGGCAAUAAUGGUGGGGCGGGAAUCCUAUCUCCGGAAUUUUGGGAUGCUUGGGCAGGUGAGGUGGCCAAAUUCUGCUGGGCAGUAUCAACUUUAUUUAGUAUACGUGGACAGGCCGGUCUGACUGGCCGCAACUUCCGAGUCACUAGAAGUGAAGAUGAAAUCCAAAUCGAAGAAGUUGUUAAAACUGCUGAACAGAAAGCGAUUUGGGCUGAUAUAAAAACAACCGACCCAAAUAAAAAUUGGGAUUACUGGAAGAGCAAUAUGUGCAUAGAAGAUUAA